UGUUGUCAUGCAGUUCCUCUGUGAUCAAAAUGCUGCUCCUCCUGCUGCUGUUUCGUGAUGUAUGGAUCCACUGACAGCUUUCCUUUUGGCUCUUUUAGUUUUUUUCCCCCAAAUGCACAUAUGAAUCAGCCCGAGCAACAAAUGUGUCACCGUUUUCUGAGCUAAAUUAGGAUUUUUAGGUUAGCGUUAGCCGAACAAACCACUGCAGCCAUGGCCGACAAACUCAAGCGAAGUUUAUCAUUGUCCAAGAGGAGGAAGAAAGGUAAUGUUAAAACUGGGACCAAUACCACUCCGAUUCCCAUCACCUCUUUCUUCAGCAGCCCACAGCCGUCUGAGCUGGCCUGCCCUCUUUGUGGCCAGCUGGUACCCAGAUUCAAGAUUAAUGAGCACAUUGAUUUGCAAUGUCAGAGCUUUGAGAGAGGAGACAGCAAUGCCGCCUCAGCAAGCAAUAGUGUCGUGCAAAGCGUCCAGUUGUCACCCAGACCCAGAAGGACUCCACCAAAGUCCCCUGAGAUGUCUCCAAAGAAGGAAGAAGAGGUGAAAGAAAGCCAGACCAGUCCUUAUUUCAAAAAGAGCAACUCUCAGCAGGUGCCACGGGAGAUAAGCAGCAAGACUGUAGUUAGAACAAUUAACCUGGGAAGUCUCUCCUCUAAGUUGUCGAGGAAACGUCAUAAGACACCUGAGAGGAAGGUGACUGAAGAUAAACAUGCACCGGAUCAUCCUGACAAGGAGGAAGAUCCUUCGGAGGCUCUUAAUAGCUCACAGAAAGAAAAUCUUCUGGUUCAGACUUUAGAGGACAAAAGCGACUCUGUAACAGUCAUUGACCUGACAUCGUCCAGCCCUGAGACCCCAGCAGCAAAUCUGUCAUGUUCAGAAAAACCAUCUGAACCAGAGACCGUCCGAAAACCGGCCACUCUAAAUUUACUCUCUUCUUCCUCCAAACUAGCAAAGAGAAAAAAAGAACCACCUUCUAAGUCUAAGGUCAGAAAGAAAGCUAAAUAUGAGAGAAGCAGCAGAGAGACAGAAGCGGUUUCGUCAGGUGAAGCCACAGUAGAGACGCCUGAAAUAGACCCGCUUAAAACGGAGGCACCCUCUACCAUUACUCGUGACCCUCUUUUGAGUUCAGAGGAAUCAUAUGAGAAGAAUGCUGAAUCGAUCAGUAGUGAUUUGCUGGCAGAAUCUGAUGCUGAGAAAACAGACAGCUCUCCUCCACAGCGACUGCCCUACUACCUACGCAAUUUCCAGACUGUCCUGCAUGCGGUGCUGGAGAACGAGGAUGACAAAGAGCUGUUCAACCAGGACGAUAUGUCACUUGUACAUACAUUUGAGAAACUCUCGGUCAAAGGGCAGAAGCUCUAUGUGAGACUGUUUCAGAGGAAACUGAAGUGGCUCCAAGUUAAUAAACUGGAUUAUGAAGAGAUAUGCAGUGAUUUGGCGCCUGUUGCUCAAGAGCUGGUUCAGGGUGGUUUUCUACAGACAGAGAAUGACCUUCAGGACCUAGGAGAGGCUCUGGAUCUCCUGCCGGCCCCUGAACUCAAAAUUCUGGCUAAGACCUUCCAUCUGGGCAAUUCUGGUACACAGAAACAGCAGCUACUGGACGGGCUUCUCCGUCUGAGCAAGCAGAAGUCCUUCUUCUCUCCGACCUCUGCUCAAAACAACAUUGGGACUGUCAUCCUCAAAAGGGCGAAGCAGCUCGCAGGUUCCUGUGUGCGUCUGUGUCGCGGCCCUCGGGCUGUCUUCUCUCGCAUCCUUCUACUCUUCUCUCUGACGGACACAAUGGAUGAAGAGGAGACAGCAGGCGGUGGACAGAACCAGCUUUUCACCAUCCUGCUGGUCAACUCAGGACGUCUGGCCUUCCCAGACUACACAGUGCAGCGCAAAGCGAAGGUGUUUCAGGACAGAGAGGACCUUAUCAGAUAUGAAGCAUCCAUGCGAGCUCUGCAAGAGGUGAUCUCAGCUAUGCAGGCAGGCCAGUGGGACGAGGCGUUGGAGCUUUACACAGCUGCCAAAAAUGCCUGGCAAGAGUUGAGACUAAACCAUGACCUCAGUCAUCAGGAAGAGCUGCCGGAGUUCCUACGCAGCUUCACCACAGGAUGGGCCUACACGCGUCUCUUAUCCAGAGGAGUGGAGAUCUUACAGAGGUUACGUCAAUAUGAGGAAGCAGUUGAGGAGCUGCGGUCCUUAUUAUUGCAGUCUGUUUACUGUCCAGACAGACGAGGGAGAUGGUGGGACAGACUCGCACUAAACCUUCACCAGCACCUCAAAAAACCUGAACAAGCUAUUUGUGCUAUCAGAGACGGACUAUUAGACCCUCUGGUGCGAACGGGACAUAAGCUGUCCCUCCAUCAGAGAGCUGUUAGGAUGAGAGAGUCUGCUAGCUGCAAGAAGUACCGUCUACAACUCAGAGGCCUGCCUACUAUCGAAGUCCAAGAUGUCAAACAUGUGACCAUCCGAGGACAGCUGUUUCCUCAUGAAUGGGGCAUGGGGAAAUCUCGGUUUCUUAUUCCAGCAAACGGAGAAGGAGAAGAUAAUGCUAAUGCUACUGUUAUAUGCUCUGUGGAAGAGCUCUCUUUAGCACAUUACCAGCAGCAAGGUUUUGAUCAAGGGAUCCACGGAGAAGGCUCAACAUUUUCUACACUGUUUGCUAUUCUGCUAUGGGACAUAAUUUUUAUGGAGGGAAUUCCAGAUGUUUUCCGAAAUCAGUACCAGACUUGUCCACUGGACCUUUACACUGACGGUUUCUAUGAGAACAGAAAAGAGGCGAUCGAUAGCCGUGUACAGUUACUGAGUGAAGCUUCGGUGGAGGUGCUGCAUAGCAUGUUGGAGGAUGUCUGGACCUCCCAGGAGGGUAAAGUGUGUUCAUUGGUCAGCUGGGAGCGUUUCUCCUCUCUUCAACAGGCUCAGUCUCUUGUUUCAUGCCUGGGUGGAGCCUUCUUAGGAGGAAUAAUAGCUCGGAUGGCAAAAGACUAUAGGCACUGCCGUGCAGGGUUGCCUGACCUGGUGGUGUGGAACUCCUCCAACAACAGCUACAAGCUGGUGGAGGUAAAGGGGCCCAAUGACCGGCUGUCCCAGAAGCAACAGAUCUGGCUGGAUGAGCUGCAGAAACUGGGGGCUGAUGUGGAGGUGUGUCAUGUGACGGCUACUGGAGCCAGAGGAGCUCAUCUGGAAUAAAGAAGAACUGACUGAUAAGACUGUGACACGAAUGAAUCAGAGUGUGAUAAAACCUAAUGGCGUCUGCAUAAUGCUGCAUAAAUUAAAUUAAAACCUAUUUUGUUAUUGGGAAUGUUUUGGAAAAUGCGGUGCCUUGUUAUAUUUAGCAUUACUUAUUAUCGGGGAAACCACUGCUUCCAACAGGAAAAGGUGCAUCACGAGAUGAAGUUUAUCACUUAGAGCUCCCAGGAUCAGAACUAGCUUCCUUACAGAUAAGGCAAGCUGCUUCAUGACGGGAAAUGGAUCCAACAACCACACAAAACUGAUUAUUUCCUUUUCUUUGGCAACAACAUAUUCCCAGGAUCUUUGGUUGCCAAGCAACGAAAACUCACAUUUUGUUGGCUGCUUUUGUAUGACAGCUCUACAAGUUUGUUAUGCAAGUACUUACUGUCAUGUCUAUAAAUGUGUGGUUUUGCUAUUACCUCACUGGAAGCAAAUCAACUGGAGAACAAGCAAUUUAAAAAACAACAGGGCUGCAAUGAACGAUAGUUUUCAUUAUUGAAUAACCUGACCUUUAUUUUGUCCAACUGAUUCACCAUUUGUCGAUAAUCUCAGGAAAUAGUUCAAAAUGCUCAUCACAAUUUCCCCCAGAAUGACAGUAUCUCAUUGCUUGUUUGACCUGACAAACCCAGUGUUUUUUCCACAUUACUACAACAAAGAAAAUCAGAAAAUCUUCACAAUUUAGAAGAUAUGGAAUUCCAGCGAAAAAAGUUUUGACUUGUCAAUAGCAAAUAAUUCAUGCUUUAUAGAGGAGUAUG